UAUCCUCAUUUUAACACACCAAAUCCGAAAUCUGCCUACCUUCUUCUCUUCAGUUAAGGUGACUAGAGCUUAAUACUUGGUGUAGAGCAGAGAGAGAAUAUAUAUCAAUAUGGAAGUAGCUCGGGUGCUUCACAUGAACAAGGGGUCCGGGGACACGAGCUAUGCUCAAAAUUCCACAGUUCAGAGCAAAAUACUGUCCAUAGCAAAGCCAUUGAUGGACGAAGGCAUACUAAAGAUUCUGAAGAAGAGUAUUCCGGAGAGCAUGGGAAUAGCAGACUUGGGGUGCUCGGCGGGGCCAAACUCUUUGGCUGUGAUAAUGGAGAUAGUGGACGUUAUACACGCUGGAUGCCGCAGCCUAGACGGGUCCUUCCCUGAGUUAAGACUGUUCUUAAACGAUCUCUUUAACAACGACUUCAAUAACAUUUUUGCUUCUUUGCCAACUUUCUACAACCAAAUCAGAAAAGACAAGGGGCCUGGUUUCGGACCCUGCUACAUCGCCGCCGUGCCUGGUUCAUUUUACGGUAGAUUGUUCCCAACAAACUCCCUCCAUUUCAUUCACUCUUCUUCCAGUCUUCACUGGCUUUCUCAGGUUCCUAAGAGUUUGGACGGCGGUGAUCGAGAGAGAGGAUUGUAUAUAAACAAGGGAAAGCUCUACUUGUCAAAGAGUAGCCCACAGUGUGUUCUUGACGCAUAUUUGAACCAAUUUGAGGAGGACUUUUCUCUGUUUCUGAGUUCACGUGGUGAGGAGGUGGUGAGCGAAGGUCGCAUGGUGUUGUCAUUCAUGGGCCGUACAUCAUCCGACCCCACCACCGAGGAGAGCUGCUACCAAUGGGAGCUCUUAGCCACUGCUUUAAUGACCAUGGUUUCUGAGGGUUUGAUAGAAGAGGAAAAGGUUGAUAGCUUCAACGCACCGUAUUUCGCACCAUGUCCUGAAGAGUUAAAGAGUGUGGUAGAAAAAGAAGGAUCUUUCGUUUUGGAGAGUGUGGAAAGUUUUGCGGUGGAUUGGGAUGGCGGUGCAGUAGAUUAUCAGCAAUACACCACGGUGGCCGAGCUGUCUCGGGCGAGAGGGCAACGAGUGGCCAAGAACAUUAGAGCUGUGGUUGAGUCAAUGCUGGGCUCCCAUUUUGGUACUCAUAUUUUGGACGACUUGUUUCGGAGAUACCAAGAUAUCGUUGCUGAUUAUUUAUCAAACGCUUCCACCAAAUACAUCAAUUUGGUCAUUUCCCUUCGGAAAAAGGACUGACUACAGUCUACACCUGCCACCCAAUUAAGACUACAUUUACCAACCUACCUACCUACCUACCUACCUAUAUGAAUAAAAUGUACUUCUGUGGACUAUCUAUCUAUCGUUAUUCAUUAAUAUUAAUCGCGCCCCUCGUGAUGCGUAUUCGUAAGAGAAAAAAGGUCCGCUGUCCCAAAUUAAAAUUUAAUCUCUAAUUUUAUAGUUAAACGACAAAAAAAAUUUUAAAAAUAUUUUUGGAAAUAAAAAAUAGAAAAACACAUUAAUAUUAUUGCUCCCUACGUUAAAAGAAAUAAAAUACAUAACAUAUUUUUAUAAAAGUUAAAAUCAUAAGCCAUUAUUAACAUAAUAUAACUAUAUGUGAUUUUUUUUUUCAAAACAAAAAAUAAGGUUAAAAUUGUCUGAUAUUAAUAUUAAAUUUAAAUUAAAAAAAUACAAUAUUAGUUCUAUUUAAAUUAGGGGAAUAGUAAAUCUUAUUCAAAUUAAGAUUAUACAAUCAAAUUUUCAUUUUUUUUCCUUCUCCUAUUAUUUUGCAUAAGGAAACGCUCUUUCUUCGCUCUUAUUUUAUUGUAGAAGAAUACAUGUAAGUGCUAUUUUUUUAAAAAAAAAAUAAAAAAUCACAUAUAGUUAUGUUAUAUUGGUAAUGACUUAUGAUCUGAUUGUAACUUUUAUAAAGAAAUAUUAUGUAUUUUAUUUCCUUUAAAGUUGAGAGCAAUACUGUUAA